AACGUAUCGAUAAAUGAACGAAUCAGCAGUUGCGAAGCAAAGACUUCAUUUGCAUAAUACUGCCUACAAAUAGGCCGGAGCCGAUAAAGCAGACACCAUUUUGUUUACGAAAAAGAACGACUGAAAAUGCCUGAACCAGCGAAGUCGGCUCCGGCCCCGAAAAAGGGCUCCAAGAAGGCGGUGACUAAGGCGCAGAAGAAGGACGGCAAGAAGCGUAAGCGCAGCCGCAAGGAGAGCUACUCGGUGUACGUGUAUAAGGUGCUGAAGCAGGUUCACCCGGACACCGGCAUUUCGUCCAAAGCCAUGGGCAUCAUGAACUCGUUUGUCAACGACAUUUUCGAGCGCAUCGCGGGCGAGGCGUCGCGCCUGGCGCACUACAACAAGCGCUCGACCAUCACGUCCCGGGAGAUCCAGACGGCCGUGCGCCUGCUGCUUCCCGGGGAGCUGGCCAAGCACGCCGUGUCCGAGGGCACCAAGGCCGUCACCAAGUACACCAGCUCCAAGUAAAUGUGUUCAUAGGCACGGUCAAACCCAAAGGCUCUU